AUGGGAUUUAACCGUUUGGUAGUGCAGUGUUUAUGUUGGGUGCGCGCGGCCCGUUUCGUUCGGCGUGCUGGAGGGACGUCGCCCCCGAGGAUUCCUAUUAGAGAUGAUGCGACGGGUGGUAUUGGAAGGGUGUAUGGUGACAAGCUACAACGUACUUCUGUCGGAUCAGCGCUUGCGCUUUGGGCGCUGCUUGCCGCCGCCCUUGCCGCCGUCGAUGUCACCCGCGGCUGGCGCAGGGCUCCUCAGGUUGGGGUGUUAAGCGCACACGCGCUUCUAUGCAGCGGUCUAGCGUGGUGGUGUGGACGCGCUGGUGUUGCGCCAGAGCGUCGGUUGCCAAGGGCCUGUUGGCUAGCACUAGCUGGAGGUGGCAUCGCUCUAGCUGCUACGUUACCAGCUUGGAACACUGGUGCAGCUGCUGAAGGCGCGGCUCACGUCGUGUGGGCUGUGUUCGCAGCGUACGCUCUUCUCCCCGUUGGCGCACCUGUAGCGGCAGCAUUUGGCAUCCUUUUACCAACUAUGCACACCAUUGCCUCUGCAUUUAUCGCGCAUCGAUUCCCAUAUCACAUCUGGCAACAGAUGGUAGGCAACGUGGUUGUAUUUGUGUGCGUAAAUGUGGUUGGCGCAUUGAUGCACUCGCUGAUGGAGACCGCGCAGAGGCGAGCCUUUCUCGACACCAGGAACUGUAUUGCUGCUAGGCUGGACAUGGAAGACGAAAACGAAAAACUGGAGCGGCUGUUGCUGUCGGUGCUACCUCAACAUGUAGCAAUGGAGAUGAAAAAUGACAUUAUUUCGCCGGUUGAGGGACAAUUCCACAAAAUUUACAUCCAGAAGCAUGAACAAGUCAGUAUUUUGUUUGCCGAUAUUGUGGGUUUCACGGUGCUCGCAUCGCAGUGCAGUGCGCAAGAACUUGUGCGCUUACUCAACGAACUCUUUGGACGAUUUGAUCAACUAGCCAAUGACAAUCAUUGUCUGCGCAUCAAGAUCCUAGGCGAUUGUUACUACUGCGUGUCCGGGUUGCCCGAGCCACGUUCCGACCACGCCCGUUGUACCGUCGAGAUGGGACUCGACAUGAUCGAUGCUAUUGCGUCGGUGGUGGAAGCAACAGACGUGCAGCUAAAUAUGCGUGUGGGCAUCCAUACAGGCCGAGUAUUAUGUGGGGUAUUGGGGCUGCGCAAAUGGCAAUACGAUGUAUGGUCUAAUGACGUCACGCUAGCUAACAACAUGGAGGCUGGAGGCGAACCUGGCCGUGUACAUAUAACGCAGGCGACACUUGAAUGUCUCGGCGGCGCAUACGAGGUGGAACCAGGCCAUGGAGCCAGUCGCAACGCGUACCUCAGGGACCACUCCAUACAGACGUACUUUAUUAUCCCACCGCCCAGAAGGAGAAAAAUGUGUCUGUCAGCAGGCGUGAGCCUAGGUUCAGCAUCGCGACGGAAACUGUCGUUCAAAAACGUAUCCAAUGUAGUGGUACAACUGCUACACUCCAUCAAAUUCAACGUGGACGUUCCCUUCUCCAACAUGGCCGCCUCCCCUCAGGAGCUCAAGGCCAAUGCCGCUAGGAAGGUGAUGGAUCUCCGACGCGCGCUGCACGCGGAGCCCGGCUCGGCGGAGGCGAUGCGGCUGGCGGCGCUACGGGCUGAAGACGUGAGAGCCGCGAUGCAGGCGCCAGCACCCGCUGCCCCGCCUACCCCUGCCACAGCCCCGCACCAUCACACCUUCGACGCCGUCAUGCAGCACCACGCCCUCCGCACACACACCACGGUCGACACGACCACACAUAACAAAGUGACGGAGAAAUUUAAGCGGCCGCUGAAAAAACGUCACUCGUCUGUGUACCACCAGCCUACCAACCGCGUCAACAAGUACCUAGCACAGGCUAUCGAUGCGCGCUCCGUGCAUCGAGAAAAGGCGACGCAUGUCCACUUACUCACACUUUGCUUUAAAGAUGCUGAUAAAGAAGCACAGUAUCGUGCAUCAACAGACGGUGGCUGGGUGGGGUCUUUAGGUGCAGCUUUAUUCGCCUUAGGUACUGCCGGCGCACUUCAAGCUUCAGUACUGCCACAGACACUUAUUCUCUUACUCCUAUUUGUAACGGCUUUUGCAUGGUCAGCUGCAGUUUUAGCGUUGACUUUGGCAGCAAGAUUGAGACUGAUUCCUUGUGAUGUGUCUAGACCGUUUACGUUGAGGAAUGCGAUUACAACCUUCACGAUUGUGCUGGGAUAUGCUGUUGGUCAAGUAAAUGUGGUUACCUGCCAUAAAAUGGAAAUGUGCGCGAAUCUAACAGGCAACACAACAACGAUAGAAAGUAUCCGAGCCGUGACUGGUGAAAUAGCCGAAAAGUUAUGGAGCAGUACCGAACACUUGGCGUGCCCAAUCCCCUUGUACAUCACGCUCGGCUGUUGCCUCAGCAUGUUGGUAGUGGCCGCGUUUCUGAGGUUGCCUAUACUGGUUAAGGGCAUUCUUCUGUCUGUCAUGACAGCUGGAUAUAUGGCAGUUAUGCUCGGAUACCAUAAGGACCUUUUCGAUUGCUACGAUGUUAUGACUGACUCUGGUGUAGUGGGAUCGGCUUACGUAGCAAGUGCUUGGACAGUAGCUUUGGCAUUAGCUGUAUUAUUACAUGCGCGACAGACGGAGUGGACGGCAAGAUUGGACUUCUUGUGGCAAGCGCAAGCCCGAGAUGAAAAAAGAGACAUGGACGCUCUGCAGGCAUCGAACAGAAGAAUACUCUUUAAUCUGUUACCAGCACACGUUGCAACACAUUUCUUGGACAACCAAUUUAGAACGAAUAUGGACCUGUACCACCAGUCGUACCAGAGAGUCGGCGUCGUGUUCGCCUCCAUCACCAACUACCACGAGUUCUACAUGGAGCUGGACGGCAACAACCAGGGCAUGGAGUGUCUCAGGCUCUUGAACGAGAUUAUAGCUGACUUUGAUGAGCUUUUGGGUGAAGAUCGUUUUGGUGCCAUAGAUAAAAUUAAGACAGUUGGUUCUACGUAUAUGGCUGCAGUUGGUUUGAUACCUGACAGAAAGAUGACCGAUGAACCGAGCACUCGUAAACAUAUGGCGACAUUGGUUGAAUUCGUAUUCGCAAUGAGGGAUAAAUUGAAGGACAUCAAUGAUAACUCGUAUAAUAACUUCAUGUUACGAGUUGGUAUUAAUCUGGGUCCAGUAGUUGCUGGUGUGAUCGGUGCCCGGAAACCACAAUAUGACAUUUGGGGCAACACAGUUAAUGUAGCAUCUCGCAUGGAUUCUACGGGACUACCGAACCAUACUCAAGUCACUGAAGAAGUUUAUCAGGUCCUGAAGGAUUUGCCCUAUCAAUUUGUAUGUAGAGGGAAGGUAAAAGUUAAAGGGAAGGGUGAAAUGACCACGUACUUCCUCACAGACAGAGCUCCUGCCAACGGAUCGGUUUCAAAUUCAUCUAACGGUCAAACAUCUAAUCCUCCCACUGCUUAUGGCGGGGUGGCGACGCCACUUGCAAUGUUACAAAAUUCCGCAAGGAGAGCGGCAGCACAACCUUCGAGACUACCUCCUGUAAGAGAAUCGUCUGUCGCUGCCGAAAACGAACCUUUGUUACCGUCAAAUGGACACCAAAGUAACGGCAAUAACAAAGGUAGUAAAGGAAGACGAAACAAAGACACAGAUGAUAAUCCUCCACCACCGCCACCUCACGGUGUUGGGGGAAAUCCGCGGUGGCCACCGCCGCGAGCAUUAGUGCCACCCUGGCCACGCCCGCAGGAACAGCGACCCGUGGCGGCACACAAACGUCGCGCCCCUACCCGCUUACCGCGACCGCGUUCAAGUGAAAGCUUGCCUUUGGCGAGAAGCCCGCGCGUUCAUUCUUCUGCCGAUGAACUCAGUUCGCUUACACGAUCACCUAGCCUUAGCUCCUCCGAUGAAAGCUAUUCUCGAACUACAGACGCUUCACCGUCACCACCUCGACCAUCGCAAUGGUUGCCGCCUUCUCGACCUCCACGCACUAAUUCAAGCCCCGCCUACGAUUACCCCCCAGUGCGACCUGGAAAGCCGAUCGUUAAUCAUGUUAGUGAGAUUUAUGCGAAACACAAGAUGGUAAGAAAACCGUCUCUAGAGGACAAAUUCCUUGAAGAAAACGACGAAUUCCAAAAGGAAGAGGAGAAGUUGCAAAGGAGUAUUAUAAACAUGUUACAAGCGUCCGCGAAACGGGACGGCUGCUGUCAAACUGAUAAGAAAGAUGUAGCCGGUCGACUUGGGCAACGAACAAGUUCGUUCUCUAGUUCAGGCAGUCGACCAACAAAUCUAAAGCAUCUUAACCAUGAUUCUCGGGAGCCGUUUGCUAAGCGAAGUCCGUCCGAUGUAGCAUGUGUGCCACCGUUCGAGAGAGAAAUUCAGCGAUUACUGGACGACAAGAAUUUCAUCAAAAUGAAUCCUCCUAAAACUGAACGAAAAGAAUUAAAACUUGAGCUUAGGGGCGGGAAUCCUUCACUUGAACCAAUGCGUAACUGCAAUAAUAACAACAGUAGUCCUCUUCACGCCGUGGGCUUGGCAGCUAUUACUCAAGUAGCUCGAAAUGAAGCGGCCAGUCCGGGUCGGGCACAGGCUGAGUUCCCGGGCGUUUUACCCACUGACGUUGUUGUGCAGCUCCCGUCGCCGGUCCAUGAAAGACGUCGAAACAGCCCGCCUAGUGAAAGAAAAGUAGAACCAGUAAUUGUCAGAGAGAAGGAUAAGGAGGUCCAGGAGAGACUAAAUCACCGGGUGACCACUUCUAAUCAUAGAGAAAUGGGUCUCUACGGAGAGAGUCAGUCUGAAUGGAGUUCAUCUUGCUCGGAGGGAGAAGGGGAUGGUGAGGGAGGCCAGCCAGAGAGCACUGGAUAUACAACGGACGACCCCGCGUUAGAAAAUGUGUCAAUGCUCAACGAGGCGGGACUCACGGAUGCCGAAGCGGCACUUAGUGACGUCAACUCGUGCUACUUCGAUCGUGAUGAUGACGUCUCGUCCCGGGCCUCCUCUCGCUUACUCGACUCUGAAGCUCUAGUCUCGCUCGAAUCCCUCAGCGCCAUCUACGAUUCCGACGAGCCCGCUCACAGGUACCUAGCGAAUAUUCGCACUGUGAGUGAGUCUAUCACGAGGAACUUCGGACAACCAGCGCACGUCACCGACGGCGAAAGUGAUGUGUAG